AUGUCUACUACUCCGAGUCCUGGAGGCCCUGGCGAUGACUGGCAUCCCCACGUCUUCCGCAUGCCCGAUUGGGUUGAGGCCUUCUUGAUUGUGACGAUCCUCUUCACCUCGAUGUACCUUACUCGAACCAAGAACUACUCCAUCUUUGGGGGCAACCAGAAUUACAACCCGUUAAUAGCCUCGCCAGCGUCGGGCUCCCCUAGGACCUCGAUCGAUAGCGACCCAAUCGCGACCCACCGGACAGACUAUCCGACCAAGACCCGCCGUGUCUUUGGGAUAUGGACCGUUCGCACGCCCAACUCGUCGCGCUUCGCUCGACACUUCCACUCUCGGAUCUUGCAGAAAUUCCCUUUUCUGGUCGAGAUGUUUUACUGGGUCCUACAGUUCUUCUUCUACCGGUUGACCGCGAACAUGGCGGCAGCUUAUUACGGCGGCAGCGAGAAUCUCUGGGAAAAGGCACAGAAUCAUGGCAUCGCAUUGCUGGAGCUGGAAACCGCCAUGUUCGGGAGGGGCUCCUUGACGGGCACGGCCAGAUGGAUUGAGUGGAAUGUCCAGCAGUGGUUCCUUACCGGAGCCAGGGCCGGCGACUUCCGUGGCAUUUUUCUCACCAUCCUGAACCGGUCAUACUCGUUGAUCCACAUUCCUGGCACUGUUGGUUUCAUCGCAUUCUACUAUUACGUGUCGCCGACCUUCACCCGAUUCGCGACCGUGCGCCGGACCAUGACCUUGCUGAACCUGUUCGCCUUCACCAUUUUCAUCCUCUAUCCGUGCAUGCCGCCGCGUCUGCUGCCCUCGGAAUACGGCUUCAUCGACACGGUCAACGGCGAAGAUGCCACCUCGGUAUGGCAGAGCGGAAACUUCGUGAACCGCUUGGCUGCUAUGCCGAGUAUGCAUUUUGGAUAUGCCUUCUGCAUUGGGCUCGUCUUCAUCUACGAAAGUGCUGCCGUCAGCGGGGUCAAGGAGAUAUACAGGCGCUACGGCAAGACUCGCAACCCUAGCCAGACCUGGCUUCCCGUCCCCAGCUCGGACGAGGAGAGCCAGAGCAGCACCUCCGAAGUCGAGGUCGAGGCGCAUUCGACCAGCGAGCGUUCCACCAAAUCGCGGAUCGCCUUCUUCGCCUUUGGCGUGUGGUAUCCCUCAUGGGUCCUGUUGACCAUUGUUGCGACGGCCAACCACUACCUGAUGGACGCCAUGGUUGCCACACUCGUCGUGUUGAUGGGCUUCGUGUGCAACAGAGUCUUGCUGAACUUCUUGCCGCUGGAAGAUCUGCUUCUCUGGGCAUGGAGGCUGGAGAAGCCAGUCCCAACCACGGGGAUGAGGAGGAGGAGACCGCUGCGGGUGGACCCGCCCGUGUACUAG